CUCUCUGCCUUCCUCCAAGCGUUGUUUGAUGGAAUGGCAUCUCCCGAGUUCGUGGACUUCUUUCGGCAGCGCAAACUCAACGAAGGAGUCUUAGAGAAGCUGAAGAUAGCGCUGUUGUCCGUGCAUAAACUGCGCGAAGACGCGGAGGACAAGCAACUCACAGAUCGUUCUGUGGGAGAGUGGCUUUCUAAGCUCAAAGAUGUUGUCUACGAUGCUGAAGACGUUUUGGACGAGAUAGCCACUGAAGCCUUGCAACGAAAGUUGGAUGCUGAAUUUCAAACCACUGCAAGUAAGGUACGAAACUCCAUCUCUACUUUUUUCAGUCAUUUUGUCAAGGAUAUAGAGCCAAAGAUUAAGGAGCUACUUGACAAACUAGAAUAUCUAGCAAGUCAAAAGGAUGUUCUAGGUCUAAAACAAGGUGUUGGAGGAGAAUCAUCAAAAAGAUUGCCCACGACUUCUUUGGUGGAAGAAUCUGGUAUUUUUGGUAGGGAUGAUGAUAAGGAAAAAAUAAUAAGCUUGUUGAUCCCAGAGAAUGCAACUGGCAAUGAAAAUCUAUGUGUCAUUCCCAUAGUCGGCAUGGGGGGAAUUGGCAAGACCACCCUUGCUCAGCUUGUAUACAAGGACAACAGUGUGAAGGAGCAUUUUGAUCUUCAGGCAUGGGUUUGUGUUUCGGAUGAGUUUGACGUGUUCAUGGUAACUAAAACAGUUCUUGAGGCAGUGACUUUGUCAGCUUGUGAUAUGAAGGAUUUAAAUAUGCUUCAAGUUACACUGCAAGAGAAAUUGAUGGGGAAGAAAUUUCUACUUGUUUUAGAUGAUGUAUGGAAUGAGAAUUAUGCUGAUUGGGAGGCCUUAAGCAGUCCGUUUAAAUCUGGGGCACGAGGAAGUACAAUCAUUGUAACAACACGCAAUGAUAGUGUUGCAUCAAUCAUGCGCGCUGUUCCAAAUGAUCGUCUAAAGCCGUUAUUGGAAGAAGAUUGUUGGUCAUUAUUUGCAAAACAUGCAUUCCACGAUGGAAACUUUGAUGCAGGUUCAGAGUUAGAAGUAAUAGGUAGACAAAUUGUAAAAAAGUGUGAAGGCCUACCUUUAGCGGCCAAGGCAAUUGGGAGUCUCUUGCGAUCUAAACUAGGUGUUGAUGAGUGGGAGAAGAUAUUGAAGAGCGAAUUAUGGGAUUCGCCAAUAGAUAAGACCAACAUUCUUCCAGCUCUAAGAUUGAGUUACAAAUAUCUUCCCUCACAUUUAAAGCAAUGCUUUGCUUACUGUUCAAUAUUUCCAAAGGAUCAUGUUUUUAAAAAGGAUGAAGUAGUCUUACUAUGGAUGGCGGAAGGUUUCUUAGAAGAAACUAAAAACAAAAGAAUGGAAGAGGUUGGUGAAGAUUACUUUCUUGCUUUGGCAUCAAGAUCAUUGUUAGAACAAUCAAGUGGCAAUAAAUCAGGUUUUGUAAUGCAUGAUCUUGUGAACGACUUGGCAAAAUUUGUAUCUGGGCAAUUUACCUUUAGACUGGAGGUUGACAAUUCUCAUGAAAUUGUGAACAAGACUCGCCAUUUCUCAUAUUUCAGAAGGGGAUUCGGACAUGAUAACUUUAAGAGGUUUGAGGCUCUUUUCGAGGCUACUCGAUUGCACACAUUCUUGCCAUUGGAGUUGUCACCAGACCUUAGUUACUUCUUCUUAACUAAAAGAGUACCACUUGAUUUAUUGCCAAAGUUAAGAUGCUUGCGAGUGCUAUCUCUAUCUCACUAUCAUAAUAUCACCGAGUUGCCUAAAUCAAUUGGCAAAAUUAGGCAUUUACGUUAUUUGAACCUCUCUUUCACUGCAAUUAAAAGUUUGUGUAAUUCCAUAUGUAAGCUGUGCAAUUUGCAGACAUUGAAUUUAUCAGGUUGUGAAGAUCUUGCUAAAUUACCAAGAGACAUGCGAAAACUCAUUAACUUGCGUCAUCUUGAUAUUAGCGGAACUGCCAUAAAAGAGAUGCCAAUGCAGCUGAGUAGACUAAAAUGUCUACAAACAUUAACUAAAUUUAUCAUCAGCAAACAUAGUGGGGCUUGCAUGGAAGAGUUGGGGAAACUUGUAAAUCUUCGAGGAAAGCUUUCUGUUUUAGACAUCCAAAACGUUGUAUCUCCUACGGUUGCUCUGAAAACAUGCUUGAAAGAUAGGAAGUACUUUGAGGAGUUGGUGUUGGAAUGGAAUGCAUUUGAUACUAAUCUUUCAGAAUGUCAAAGAUCUGUACUUGAAAAUCUCCAGCCCCAUAGUAACUUGAAAAGUCUCACUAUCAACGGCUAUGACGCUGAAAGUCUUCCAGAUUGGGUUGGGCAUCAAUCAUUCUCUAAUAUAGCUUCCCUUUGCCUAGAAAACUGCAAGCAUUGUCAUAACUUGCCACCACUUGGGCAGCUACUAUCUUUGCAGGAGCUUUCUGUUGUUGGGUUUGAAGGGGUUGUUAAGGUGGAUACUGAGUUUUAUGGAAGCAAUUUUUCAUCAAUUAAGCCAUUUGGAGCCUUGAAAGUUCUAAGGUUCGAGAAAAUGUUGAAGUGGGAGGAAUGGUCUUCUUUUGGUACUGAAAACGAAGGUGGAGCUUUUCCUCAACUAGAAGAGCUUUAUAUUUAUGACUGCCCAAAGUUAAUAGGAGGGCUACCCAUCCAUCUUUCAUCUUUAGCCAAACUUGAGAUUCAUCACUGUCCGCUGCUGGUGGCUUCACUCGCAACAGCUCCUGUUCUACGCGAAUUGCAGCUAAGAUAUUGUAAUGAGGUUCUGUUAAAGGAAUUGCCAACUGGGCUGCGGGAGCUUAACAUUGGAGGAUUUGAUGCACUAGAGUCCCUUCCCGAGGGACUUGUGGACUCCAUCGGCUGUAUUCAACAUUUAAAAAUCUCAAACUGUCUGAAGUUAGAGCUCCCAACACACCCAGACUUUUCAUCCCUUGAAACAUUGUGGUUGUACAAUUGUGAUUCCCUCAGGUCAUUUCCAUUAGAUUUAUUCCCAAAGCUUUACAAAAUCAAAAUCUCUGUGUGUAAGAAUAUGGAAUCUUUUACAGUUUUAGAACAUGGACGUGAUUUAGUGACCUUGCGUAUUGAGAUUAGCGUUUGCUCCAAUUUUGUAUCUUUCCCAAAAGGUGGAAUUCGUGCCCCCGACCUUUCAUCCUUUUUGGUCAAUAAUUGUGCAAGUCUGAGGUCACUACCAGACAAGAUGCAUAUACUCUUGCCUUCUCUUCAGUCUUUUAGGAUAAUUGAUUGUCCAAGAGUUGAGUCGUUUCCCCAAGGGGGCUUGCCUUCCAAUGUUGAAUCUAUUUUGGUCGAGAGAUGUGAGAAACUCUUUGCUGGACGGCUGGGAUGGGGUUUGCAAAAUCUCUCGUCUGUUAGAUGUUUUUCAUUCGAUGGCGUAUAUGAAGAUAUGGAGUCCUUUCCAGAGCCAGGGUUUCUUCCUUCUUGUCUGACUCAACUUCAUAUUGUUGGGUUUCCAAAUAUGAAAUCUUUGAACAAGAAAGGUCUUCAACACCUCACCUCUCUUCAACAAUUGUCCAUGUGUGAAUGCCCUAAGCUUGAGUACAUGCCAAAAGAGGGGUUGCCUGCCUCCCUUUCUAUAAUUGAGAUCGAAAGAUGCCCUUUGUUGAGGAAACAGUGGCUAAGCAAGAAAGGAAAAGAACGGCGAAAGAUUCCCAACGUCGAUCACAUAUUGAUUGAUUAUGCAGAGUAUAUUGGAUGAGCCAAAAGCCUCGGAAGAACAUCACCUCGAGGGCGGCAACAACAUAUUCACUUAGAAGAUCAAAGAGCUUGGGUCACAAUUACAAGAAGUAAAUAGAGUCCAUGAUCCUGCGAGGCAUGAACGCCUGAAGGAGGAGGCUUUGUCAUACAUUUCAAAUCUCAAGACUUUGCUUAGUGAGAAUGAGAUACAGGGAAAAGUUGCUAGAAAUUUUUGAAGAACAAGUUUGCUUGAGACUUGGAAAAGGCUUGGAGGAGUAGCAGCCAAUUCUAUGGUCCACUACAAAAAUUGUCUUUUUGGAUGGCCCUUUUCUUAAUUCUUGGGUUAAGAAGUUAUUGGAUCGGGUCAUUUAUUUAGCGGAUUUUCAGUUUUUUUAUUUUUUAUUUUUUGGUGGCAUUUAUUAUAUCAUUUAGGUCCAAUGGAUUGUCUUAAGAUAAUGAAAUUAUUGGAGGAGAUACCUUAAUUUGGUUCUUCCUCUCAAAUAAGAUGAUGUAAUCCAUCUGUUAACAGUAGUUUU